ACGAAUUAGUAAUGAUGAACAGUUCGGGCCGCACAUUUCACUCACUCAAGGUCCUAAAUAUGCAGCUUAUACUCACUCCUCAGGUUGCACAGCUAGGGCAUCAUGGGCAAGUUCAGCGUGUUCGGUUUUUUUCGCGAGCAAUGGACAGAGCUUCCGAUCUCCACUGCGGAUGUCAGCGACAAGUCGCUGGUCGUGGUCGGUGCUAAUGUCGGGCUUGGAAACGAAGCUGCCGUGCAUUUAGCGCAGCUGAAGCCCAAGAGCCUGUUGAUCACCUGCAGAGAUGGGGCCAAGUGCGAACAGUCAAAAGCAGACAUGGAGACUCGGUCGGGCAUGACUGACAUCGAAUCCUGGCCUCUUGAGCUAAGCUCAUUCGACUCAGUGUGUUCUUUUGUGAACAGGUUUGAGGCGAAGGGCUGCACAGUAGACGCUCUAAUUGCCAACGCCGGCGUAUCGACGAUGAAGUACACGAAAACCCCGGACGGCUAUGAAACUACUUUGCAAGUAAAUCACCUCUCAACGGCUCUCUUGAGCAUAUUGAUGCUGCCUCACCUCGUCAAGACCGGGACUCUUGAAAAUCCCUCCAGACUCGUCAUUGUGUCUAGCGAGGCUCAUUUUCUCGCCAACAAAUUAGAAGGAGCGGAUAAAUGGCCUGGUAUCAUCGAAACGCUCAACGACGAAGCAUAUUGUACCUCUAGCGUGAUGAGGAACCGCUACCACCUGUCCAAGCUCCUUGAAGUGAUGUUCAUCCGUGAGCUGUCUUCUCGACUUCCCACAACAACCUUGGUCGCAGUUUCGGCGGUCAAUCCAGGUUUUUGCCACUCCCGUCUUACGCGAGAAAUCGAGUCGGGACCUCUCUUCAAGUUUGCUGUGAGGACUUACAAAGGGUUACUGGCACGCACGACUGAGAUGGGCAGUCGUACACUUGUCCACGCGGCAAUCGAGCCAGGUGAGAGGGAACGACAUGGUCACUACCUGUCGAGCUGCGAAGUGGCCGAAGAGAGUGAUUAUGCCCUCAGCGUGGAAGGGAAGGAGGUGUCGAAGCGUCUGUGGCAUGAGACCCUCAGGAUUCUUGGAGACAUUGACUCAAGAGUCCAUACAAUUGUAUCCGAACACCUCAUCCAGGAGAUAGCAUGACUUGACUAUUAUUCGUUAUUUACCGUCAACAUGUAUUGUGUUGUGAUCUUCCUUAUGGACAUCGGUUGUGUAUAUUUACUGUAGUCUCCACUUGGAGCAGCGUGUUCGUGUAUUCCCCCUGCCUUCCAAUCCCUGCGCAACGCUGUAGCGCUACUGCUAUAUCGCGAUCCGUAUGGUGAGCUAAUUCAUG